AGCUUACUGCAUAACCAAACCAUCCAACAUGGUCCAUCCAACAGUCUAUAAAUUUUCAACUACCAUUUGCACUGCUGAUUACUGCACAUCAGAUAGAAAAAUGGCCUCUGCCUUGCUUGUGCUCAUUGCUCUAGCCAUAUCUCACGGUUCAGCACAAGGGGCUGCACCAUCGACAAGCCCCAACACAAGCGCUGGAACCCCGGAGCCGGUGCCGCUUCCCAAAGCAGCAGAGGAAUUCCUCCAAGGACACAACCAAGCAAGGGCAGCAGUUGGGGUCGGCCCACUAAGCUGGAGCUCGCAGCUAGCCAACGCCACGAGCCUGCUUGUCCGGUACCAGAGAAACAACAUGGGCUGCAAAUUCGCAAACUUGAGCAGCAGCAAGUACGGCGGAAACCAGUUAUGGGCAGGCGGCCAGAUCGUGACACCAAGCAUGGCCGUCGAUGUGUGGGUGAAAGAGAAGGAAUACUAUAACCACACAGACAACUCGUGCCUGCCGGAUCAUCGGUGCGGCGUCUACACUCAGGUGGUGUGGAGGAAGUCUCUGCAGUUGGGUUGUGCUCAAGCUACUUGUGUGAAGGAGGACGCCAGUCUAACGAUCUGCUUCUAUGAUCCUCCGGGGAAUGUUGUUGGGGAGAGCCCUUACUAGCUAGAGAUUUGUAAUUAGAGAUUUCCUUUGUGAACUUAGGAUCUGGUUUUAAAGCUUCUUGCAUGGUUAUGGAAGCUUUGAUGUGAAAUAAAUGUUUGAUGUGCAAGUUGU